AUGAUGAUCGGUGGCGGCGUCGCGACCCCUCCUGGUACUGCCAAGUCGGCGGCUGCGAUCGACAGCGAAAUGGUGCAGGUCGACGGCAUUGGCAGUGGUAGUGUCAGUGGCAGUGCUAGUGGUAGUGGUAGCCCUGCGACGGGCGCGACCACCACGCGCCUCACGAACAAUAGCGGUAGCGGUAAUAAUAACAAUAACAACAACAAUAACAACGGGGAGAUUGGCAACAAUAAUGAUGGACACGGUGUCGCGAAUUGCACCGGCACCACCGCCUCGAGCGCGAGCGACAAGUUCUGCUGUCAGGACGAGGACGUUCCCGCCAGUACCGGUGUCGCCCGACCUUGGGAACCGCCGUCGCCGACCUUCUCCCAGACGAGAUCGCACCUGCUGCAGGUACACCCGCCUCAUCACCACCAGCAGCAUCCGGCGGCGCAUCAUCAUCAGCAAUUGAAUGUACCUUCCCUGAUCGAUGGUGUGAAUUUACAAAAUUGCACGGCCGGUCCGUUCGCCAGCGGCAAUAACGGCAACGCAUCGCGGCAACGUCUAAUCGAAUUGUCACAUGGAUUAGGAGCACUCAGGCAUUACAACGACCUCGCCAACCACGUGCUGUCAUUAAACCAACAGGGCGCAGUCGUUACGAAACUUUUAGGUACGUUGCGCCCGCCGGGUCUGAUCGGUGGCAGCAAGCCGAAAGUAGCGACACCGGCUGUCGUCGCUAAGAUCGAGCAAUAUAAAAGGGAGAACCCGACUAUCUUCGCCUGGGAAAUUCGGGAGAGGCUAAUCUCCGAAGGGGUAUGCAGUAACGCGACGGCGCCGUCGGUCAGCAGCAUCAAUCGGAUACUGCGGAACCGCGCGGCGGAACGCGCGGCCGCGGAAUUCGCGCGUGCCGCCGGCUACGGCCUGUACGCGGCCGCCGGACCGCAUCCAUACUUCAAUUCGCAUCAACAUCCGACGACAAGCCAUCAUCUGCCGGCGGGCUGGCCAGCGCCGGGAGCAGCCGGACACCCGUGGAUGCUGCCGCCUCUCGCCACUGGUAUAUCCGGCGCGUCCGCUUUGCUUUUGCCACCGUCCCUGAGUCCCGGUGCGGCCGCGGCGGCGGCCGCGGCUGCAUCCGCGUCCGCCGCGGGCACUUCCGAGCACGCGCUUCACGCCGCUGACGCGCUCGCUCGUGGAUAUUUGCAAGACGGCGACGGAGAUGACGGAAGCUUAGACGGUUCGGAGCAGCCCAAGUUCCGGCGCAACCGCACGACUUUCAGUCCGGAGCAGCUUGAAGAACUCGAAAAGGAAUUCGAGAGAUCGCAUUACCCGUGCGUGUCAACACGCGAACGUCUCGCCUCGAAAACGUCGCUCUCGGAAGCCCGCGUUCAGGUUUGGUUUUCCAACAGACGGGCAAAGUGGCGUCGUCACCAGCGCAUGAACCUCUUAAAGCGCUCGCCGCCACCGCCACCACCACCACCACCGCCGCAGCCGCAGCCGCCGCCGCAGCAGCAACCGCACUCCGCUACGUCCGCUAUGGAAAUCGGCCAGCGUACAUCCAGCUGCUCCAUCGCCGGCAUGGGCGGCGAAAGUAGCGCGUUUCGCGCUGUCGUCGCUAAUUCCGCGGCCAGGGACGCCGGCCUCGACCGACCCGACAGGAUCGACAGGCAUGACUCGAUACCGAAGCAACCGGAAAGGAAACCUAGCGCCUUCCGAAUGAUUAGUCAACUGGUGGGCGAAGAUUCCGGACUCUCGAGACCAACCAGUCCAGCGUACGAUCAGCGACAGGGAUCCGGUCUUGGUCCACGACCGAGUUCGGCGCACAGGAUACGCUACGAUCAGAAUGAGGACGAAGACGAGGAAAUUGACGUUCAGGAUUCCGAUCAGGAUGUACCGUCGUCGCCACCGGUCGCUUGGAGAGAUCAUUGGACUGACCAACAACCCUUGGAACUGACGAAGCACGAUCGUUGAACGAGACGUAAUAUCUCAGUUUGAUUUCGAGCGACACACUAGUGCUCGGAGUGAUGUUUUCGCAAAAAAAUCGAGCGGCCGCCUUGCAGCUUUUAUUUAUUGAAAAAUAUUUAUUGGACAAAUCACAUGGAUCAGCAACUACCAAUGUUCAAAAUGCACCGUCGCGUCAGUUCUUUAUAUCUAUUGGUGAACGAUAAGUGUAAAAGUGAUAAAAUGUUUUUUUUGGUCAAAUUUAAUAACAAAAACGCUAGUGAGCCAUGUUUUUUUUUUCUUUACGGUGCACAAAGUAUAGUAAAUCGAAAAAUGUCAGAUUUUAUUUUAUCAGUAAAUAUCGUUAAAAAUUAUCAAUGCCGUUCAGUUUACACGCGAGUGAUCGAGUGAUAAAUCGACUAUAACUUGCUGCAUCGGCAGCUGACUCGAGUGGACGAUUAAUCGGCGCGUAGUGUCAGAUGCGGCACCGCGCGUGUGCAUCUAGUAUUUUCUCUCUUCUCAUUAUUGUCGGGCGCGGCUCUUCUCUCUAUUGGUUGAAGUUUUUAAUAUCUAUGGAAAACUGCUUAUUACACGAACAUGGACGAUUUCUUGUAAUCGCGAAUAGGUGUUGCGAGCUGUAUAAUAUUAAAACGCAACGUCAUCAAUGUCAUUGUAAUUAUUAUUGUUGAUUAGAUAAGUGAUCCAAUGCAUAUCGCGUGGCAAAAGCAAAGCGCUAUUAGAUCGCUCAAAUCUACCUGGGGAGCCGUUCGUGUGCGAGUAGAGAAUAAAAAAUAUAUAUACCGUGAAGAAAGAAUGAGAUUGUUCGAGAACUCAUUCGGUACUAGUCCUAGCGAAUCUUUAUUUAGGGACGUGCGUUAACUAGGUACUUGAAAUAGAAGUAAGGGAAGAAAACACAGAUAAUCCUAUACGAACUGUGUUAAAAUAAUAUGUUUAUUUAAAUGAAACCGUUUGUAAAUAUCUACACACGGCGUCACAGCUCAUUCUCUCUUGCAAACUCUCUUCCAAAUUUUCCCUCUAACUAGCCUCCGACAGACAAAACAGUUUUUGGCGAGCCAUCAAAUAUCCGCACAAUGAAAUAUGUUAUAUUGAAAUAAAUUUACAU